GUGUGAGAUUUGCUUUUGCUGGAGCAUAAUCGAUGCUUCAAUUUUUGAUUUUGGAGAGGCUUAACAGAUGUCGGAGGCCGAGGAGGAUGCAAUUGGCGGUACCUGCGAAUGCGAAGAGAAUGAGAUUUUAGUGGGAUCUGAGGAGCAAGCCGUGAAAAUUGAAAUGAAUCAUCCGUUCCGAGAUGUUGAUGCCUCUUAUUUGCCGCCUUUCAGUGACGACAUCGCCCUUCAAAUCUUGGCGAGGCUUCCGAGCUCAAAGUACUGUGAUCUUCGCUUAGUGAACCGGCGCUUCAGUUCUCUAAUAAGAAGCGGUGAGCUCAAUGAGAUUCGAAAGAAGAUUGGGCUUAAGGAGCCAAAAAUUUUCUUACAUUUAGGAGAAGCUUGCUAUCAGUGUUAUGAACCUCAUACCAGGUCCUGUUGGGACCUCCCUGUAUGUCCAGACGACAAAACCACUCCAUAUCGUGCCAAGGAAUUGUUCUGCGUGGGAACACAUCUUCUUGUGUUGGGAAUAAUCAGUGUGGACGUUGAUCUUUGGAGUGACUCAGAUAUUUGGAGGUACGAAUUGGAGUUAAAUCGGUGGUUCAACGGUCCUAUGAUGAUCACACCAAGAUAUGCCUUCGCAUCUGCAGAUUGUGGUAGUGUGGCUUGUGUUGCUGGAGGGGAGCAACAAGGUAGUGAGGAGGUUCUGAAUAACGCCGAAAAGUAUAAUCCUGAGAGCAAGUCAUGGGAGUUGCUCCCUAGUAUGAACAGGCGAAGGUGUUUUUGCUCAGGAUUUUAUAUGGAUAGUAAGUUUUAUGUUAUCGGAGGCAUAAAUGAGAAUCAUGAUUUACUUACUUGCGGAGAAUGUUAUGAUUUUGAGCGGAAUGUGUGGGAACUUAUUCCUAAUAUGAUAGUAGAUGAUCCAUCUAGGACCUUUAAAUCCCCUCGACCCCCAUAUCAAGUGGCAGUUGUAAACAAUGAGUUGUAUUAUCUUGACGCCCCUUCUCGCCAUCUCAAGGUGUACUUGAAAAACAACAAUACAUGGAAGAAAGUGGGUAGGUUGCCAGCGAGCAUGGAAUUCUUCCUGAGUCGUGGAGCGGCAUUGAAGUCUUUGGGGGGUGAGCUAUUUUUAAUCAGUGGAAAGCUGCACAAUCGCUCUAGACGUCUAGAGACCAUUCUGUGCUUUUGCACACCUAGUCCUGAAUUAGAUAAUGUAGAAUGGCGUGUCCUUUAUUUCAAUCGUCAAGAGGGGAACCCGACCAUUUAUAAUUAUUGUGUAAUGAUGGCUUGAUCUGACAAUUAAAGCAGAACGGGGGCAAAGAAAUCGAGUGUGAUUUGCUUGGCAAGUGAUGACAAUGUUAGUAUUUAUUUUGUUUGUGUAUUUUCAAGCAUGUAGUUGUUGCUGGUUGAUUAUCUCCUAGUUCAGUUUUCAGCAGAACAAUAUUAAUAGAUUUUGUUACCUCCUAGAGCUGUAAAGUAUUCUUCAUUCUUCAAUAGUUUAAUCAUUACGCCAGCUUCGGUUUAUAGAUUUUGAGGUUUAAAAUAUCAAUUACAGCAAGGUUGGAAAAGUUUUUCCUGUUA